UCCGGCUCCCAGCUCCCAGCUCCCGUUCCCGGCUCCGACUCCGGCUCCCCACUGCAGGAGGAUCGCGCUCUCGUCGCGGAGCCCGCCCGGCCGCCAGUCUCCAGAGCACAGCCAGCCCAGCCGUCCCGGCCAUCCGAGCGCGGAGCAGGACGCCGUCAUGGCUCAGCGCGGCCCGGCCAUCGGCAUCGACCUGGGCACCACCUACUCGUGCGUGGGGGUGUUCCAGCACGGCAAGGUGGAGAUCAUCGCCAACGACCAGGGUAACCGCACCACGCCCAGCUACGUGGCGUUCACCGACACGGAGCGGCUGGUCGGGGAUGCGGCCAAGAACCAGGUGGCGCUGAACCCGCAGAACACGGUGUUCGACGCCAAGCGGCUGAUCGGCCGCAAGUUCGGCGACGCGGUGGUGCAGGCGGACAUGAAGCACUGGCCGUUCCGCGUGGUGAGCGAGGGCGACAAGCCCAAGGUGCAGGUGAGCUACAAGGGGGAGAGCAAGGCGUUCUACCCCGAGGAGAUCUCGUCCAUGGUGCUGGCGAAGAUGAAGGAGACGGCCGAGGCGUACCUGGGCCAGGCGGUGACGAACGCGGUGAUCACCGUGCCCGCCUACUUCAACGACUCGCAGCGCCAGGCCACCAAGGACGCGGGGGCGAUCGCGGGGCUCAACGUGCUGCGCAUCAUCAACGAGCCCACGGCGGCGGCCAUCGCCUACGGCCUGGACCGCGCUGGCCGGGGCCGCGGCGAGCGCAACGUGCUCAUCUUCGACCUGGGCGGCGGCACCUUCGACGUGUCGGUCCUGACGAUCGACGACGGCGUCUUCGAGGUGAAGGCCACGGCGGGCGACACGCACCUGGGCGGCGAGGACUUCGACAGCCGGCUGGUGAGCCACUUCGUGGAGGAGUUCAAGAGGAAGCACAGGAAGGACCUGAGCCAGAACAAGCGCGCCCUGCGGCGGCUGCGCACGGCCUGCGAGAGGGCCAAGCGCACCCUGUCCUCCAGCACCCAGGCCAGCCUGGAGAUCGACUCGCUGUUCGAGGGCGUGGACUUCUACACGUCCAUCACCAGGGCGCGCUUUGAGGAGCUGUGCGCGGACCUCUUCAGGGCCACCCUGGAGCCGGUGGAGAAGGCGCUGGGCGAUGCCAAGCUGGACAAGGCGAGCAUUCACGACAUUGUUCUGGUCGGAGGCUCCACGCGCAUCCCCAAGGUGCAGAAGCUGCUGCAGGACUUCUUCCAGGGGCGCGAGCUGAACAAGAGCAUCAACCCCGACGAGGCGGUGGCCUACGGCGCGGCGGUGCAGGCGGCCAUCCUGAUGGGGGACAAGUCGGAGGAGGUGCAGGACCUGCUGCUGCUGGACGUGGCCCCGCUGUCGCUGGGGCUGGAGACGGCGGGCGGCGUGAUGACGGCGCUCAUCAAGCGCAACUCCACCAUCCCCACCAAGCAGACGCAGACCUUCACCACCCACGCGGACAACCAGCCCGGGGUGCUGAUCCAGGUGUACGAGGGCGAGCGGGCCCUGACGCGCGACAACCACCUGCUGGGGCGCUUCGAGCUGAGCGGCAUCGCGCCCGCGCCCCGCGGCACGCCCCAGAUCGAGGUCACCUUCGACAUCGACGCCAACGGCAUCCUGCACGUCACGGCCACCGACAAGGGCACCGGCAAGGCCAACAGGAUCACCAUCACCAACGACAAGGGCCGGCUGAGCAAGGAGGACAUCGAGCGCAUGGUGCAGGAGGCCGAGAGGUACAGGGCCGAGGACCAGGUGCAGCGCGAGCGGGCGGCGGCCAGGAACGAGCUCGAGUCCUACGCCUUCAGCGUGAGGAGCGCCCUGGGCGACGACGCCCUCCAGGGCAAGAUCAGCCAGGCCGACAGGAGGAAGGUGCUGGACAAGUGCCAGCAGGUGCUCUCCUGGCUCGACGCCAACACGCUGGCCGACAAGGAGGAGUUUGAGCACAAGAGGAGGGAGCUGGAGCAGGUGUGCGGCCCCGUCAUCUCUGGGCUCUACCAGGGCGCUGCGGGGCCCCGCGGCGGUGGCGCUGGCACCUGCAGGGCCCAGGCUCCCAAGGGCACCUCUGCCUCUGGCCCCACCAUAGAGGAGGUGGACUAGAAACGCUUUGCGGCUGAGACUCGGAUGCCCUCAAUCUUGUUACGGACCUCUUGUUUUUCUCCUGGCCUCCAUCUAAAUUUGAUCAUCGACCUACUUGUCUUCAUUAGUUAUUUGUUUUAUAAUCACGAGCUUUUUGAUGUACAUAUAUAGAUAGAUAGAUAGAUAGAUAUUGUUACGGUUUUUGCUUUUCUUAGAUUACUCAACGCUGCCACUUUCUGUUCUGUAUUGUGCAAAAAUGUAACUCAUCUGUGUUAUAGGCAAGUGCUCACUGGAGUCUUGUUUCAAAUCAGAUUACUAUGGUGGAAACUCAACACUGCCACCUUCUGUCCAGUUUUUUUUCUUUGCUUUGUAAACCCAUAGAAUCCCAUGAAAUUUAUUUGAACAUUUGUAUACUAACGAUGGAAGAAAUUAUAUCAAUAAAAUAAGUAUUCUUUCUUUA